AUGGAUGCAUUAUUUUCUCCUCGUUCAAUAUCCAUUAUUGGCUAUGUACCGAGGAAAGAGUUUCUGUGGGUGGCUGCGGUCUUCUCAGGAAUUAUCAUGUGCUGCGCUGUGUAUAAAAUAACUGGUCUCAUUAGUCUUUUAUGCUUCAAUGGGUACACAAAACUGAGCAACAUGGACAAACUAGAAUGGAAGAACCGGGGGUUCUCGACAUUCCAUGCAAUUAUUGCAUCGUCUGCUUCUCUAUAUCUCCUGCUGUUUUCAGAUCUCUUCAAAGAAGAUUCUAAUGACGAAUUAGUCAUCAAUAGGACAUCAACCAUAUCAGAGACAAUACUGGGGGUCUCUAUAGGUUAUUUUCUGUCAGACUUGGCAAUGAUUGUUUGGCAUUUUCCAGCUUUAGGUGGUUGGGAAUAUGUCCUACACCAUGGAUUAUCCAUGUUUUCCAUCUUCCUUUCCCUUGUAAGUGGUCAAGGCCAAAUAUACAUACUUAUGGUUUUGUUUUCAGAAAGCACAACCCCAUUUGUCAAUCUAAGAUGGUACUUGGACAUUGCUGGUCAGAAGAGUUCUGACCUAUACAUUUGCAAUGGCAUCUUUCUGUUCCUGGGUUGGUUGGUUGCAAGGAUUCUUCUCUUCAUCUUCUUUUUCACCCACAUGCUUUUCCAUUUUGACCAGGUGAAAGAGAUUUUUGACUUGGGUUUCUACAGUUUGCUUUUGGUGCCUCCUGUUUUGGCAAUUAUGAACGCAUUUUGGUUUUGGAAGAUUGCCAAGGGUCUGGUGAAAACUCUUUGUAAAAAGAGACAUAGGCAAUGA